AUGAAAAUUUCACCUCUCGAAUUAACAAAUAUCAACGACAGUAUCACCGUCCGAGGUUUAAAGGAACAUUUGGAAGAGGAGGAGGAAGACGCUGAUGGGGAAUCCCUUCAAAAGACCUCUUCAUCCUCAAUAUCGAUCAAGACUUGCUUAAUUAUCAUGAUAUCCCUACUCAUCUUUUCAAGUAUUUGCAUCCUAUCCGCCAUAUGGAUAUGUUGUUUCUCACCCACCGUUACUCAAAUAUCUGCUCAAGUUCGAGAUGGUGAAUUUGCGAAAAUUGUCACAUUUUCCGAGCAAACCAUGAAGGAAGUCAUCAUGAUUGUAGAAACUGUUAAAACUCAACUCAGUGACGACUCAUUCUCAGUAACCAAUUAUUCCCAAGUCGAAGACAAGAUGUACAAGGUCUAUCGAUCCGAAUUCUUGAAUUUUCAUAGUGAGCUUGUGGUGACUCUAUUCAUGGGUAAUCCCCAUGGAUGGGUGAAUGGAAUUGUUAAGGUCGAUGGUUUACCAUAUGCAAUUAAUCUGACAUCAGGCUUACCCAUGACAUCGUGCAAGAAAAAUCCCUCCCCAGACUAUGUCUUUCCCCCUUAUGGCUCCUCUGUUGUGCCCAAUACUGCCAAAAAGAAUCCAGGGAACGGUAUUUUCACCUUGUCCUACGCUGACCAAAGUUUACCCUCCAUCACUUUUAUCACCUAUGUGACGAGUUGGGCACUUGCCAACUCAACCAAGAACUCAACUCCAAACUACGCCUACCACUUGGGCUAUGACAUGAGUGUUCAAUCCAUUUCAAAACACUUGGCAAAAAUAACAAAUGCCAUCGAAGGGGCUGUAGGUUUCAUUGUUGAGAUGGAAACGGGCUAUAUCAUUAGUUCCAACGUUCUCAAUGCAAAAAUUGCCACUUGGAAUGAAAAGGGUCAAAUCACGAGAACGACACCUUUCACCAUUGAGGAUGAACAAACUCGACAAGUGGCACGAUUUGUGUACGACACUUAUCAGAAUAACUUGACCUCAGGUGUGAAAUGUAACUCCAAUUCGGUACUCACUUCCAGUGAAAGAUAUGUCUCCACUCAUCGAUAUUGCACCGAGUCAGGUAUUGAUUGGUUCAUUGUCUUUUCAGUUCCACAGUGGAACUAUUUGAGCUCGAUGGCAAUUGCUAUCAUUUCUGCAGGGCUGAGUGGAUUGAUCAUUAUUGGUAUUUCAAUCAUUCUUGCCAUUGUCUUGUCCGUGAGAAUUAUUUCACCCUUUAGAAACUUGAUCAGUUCUUUUGAAAGUAUUUCACAUAUGGACUUGGAAAAUGUUCAAUUAUUGACAAAGAGUCGAUUCGCAGAAGAACAGCAAUUACAGAGUCACUUUUUAAGCAUGCUUUCUCGAAUGAAACAAUACAGAUCCUUCUUACCGUCUCACUUGCUGGUGGAAUUGGAAGGUCCAAGAGGAGGAACCACCACCGCAGCAGGAACCAAAUCCUCCUCCACCUCCUCAGGCCUUCGUCAAAGCAAGGAUGAAUCCACUCUGAGACGAUCCAUGAACGAUGCACCCUCUGUGUCCACUUCCAUUCAAGCCUUCGGAUCCUCCUUCAGUGAUACCGCUAGUGCUCAAGGUGAUGGAAAUCACUUGUCGCAGAGUCAUCAACCUAAAGCUCGAUUCAAGCUCUACCUAGAAAAGAGAGCUGUGAGUGCUCUUUGUGUGCAUUUGGAAGGUCUCAAUUAUUGGUUGACUCAUUUCAAUGAGCAUGAGGUGGUUCAGUUAUUGUCUGAUGUGUUUGAGCAGAGUGGAAAUGUGUGUCGAGUGUCGUCAGGUCUCUUGGGCACAUUUGAGAAUGGUUCGUUGGCUAUUUAUUUCAAUGCCACUUCGGAUCAAUCCAAUCAUGAAGAUAAGGCCAUUUCUGCAUGCAUCACACUCCUUCACAAAUUACAACUUGUUAAGGACACGAAAUGGAAACAUCAAAUGGAUGCUGGAAAAUACGAAGAGUUACAGCAACAUUUCAGAGUGAGAGUUUCUGCGUGCUAUCAAGAAACAUUUGCCGGAAAUUUGGGAACGAAAUACUCAAAGAAUUUUACAGUGAUUGGAAGUAUUGGAUACAAUUUGGACACACUGCUCCAGGUUGCUAAAGAUUUGAAUCUGUCCAUUGUGGUGUGCGAGCGUUUGCACGAUCGAUGUGAUCAUUUUCAAACGCGUUAUGUGGAUACAAAAUCAUUGGUUGUGGAGAAUUGCUAUUCAAAACCUUGGCUUGUGCAAGAGAGUGGUGAUGGAGUGCAAACUGCAGAAAAAUCAGACAUUGUGACUCAUCGUGAGACUUGUGUCUAUGAAAUUGGGCAAUCGACACAGAGUGUUGAGAAUGAGUGGAUGUAUGAAUUGGCCGAUCAAGAAAAGAAAGGCAAGUGGAAUUUGUACAAUCAAGCAGUGCAAUACUAUUUUGCAAAAGACUAUGAGAUGGCUCUCCAAUUGUUGGUUCGAUUUAAGGAGAGUCUGCAACAUGAUGAUCAUGGCGGUGAGGAGAUGGAUUUACCAACGGAGAGAUUGAUUCAGAAAUGUCAAAGGAUGGCGCAUGCUCCAAAAACAAUCACAGAAUAA